AAGUCAAGUGGCAAUUCAUGUAAGAAACCAAUUUAUUAUUUUGUAGUUCAUAAACGUAUUGGGUGAUUCAGGAAGAAUGAGUCCAGUUUAUGAAUUUGUAUUAUUGCUUUGGUUUUCUCACCUUAUGCCACUUCUCUUGGCUUCAGGGCACCAAGGAGAGUGCCCCACUUCGUUCAAUUGUGGAUAUCUCGGCAAUAUCGGUUUCCCUUUUACUAUAACACAACGCCCUCACUGUGGCUUAUUUCCCAUUCCAAAUUGUGAUGAUCGUGAUCUACAUAAGCCCAAAUCUAUCCAACUAGACAAUCAACGAAAACCGUUUUUGCUUUUUCAAGUUCUUCCGCGUAUUUCUGAUACUACUACAACUUUGCAUUUAAGAGACAACACUCUCUAUGAACUUCUUCAAAACAGAAGUUGUGAAGCUUUCACAAACAAUUAUACUCUUCCUCGCGCCUCUCAAUUUGCUGCUUUUAGUCUACAAUACAGUGCAACCCUGUUCAGGUGCAACCGUACCCGCCAUGUCAAACCUGCAACAAAAAUGAAAAAUUAUAAGUGUGAUGACCGUGACUACGAUCUCUACUACGGGCCUGAAUUGACCGCCGAUGAUCCGUCUUUGAGUUCUUCCAUUGCAUGUACAAAGGUGCUCCUUCCAAUUAAAGAUGUGCCAGAUGCUGAAGACCCAUUUACUUUCGUAGCUUCUGAUUUGUUCAUGGAAGUAAAAUUAACUAUUGAAUGUGUAAAUUGUCACUAUCAACGAGGGGGGCAGUGUCAACUUGACAGCAAACAGAGUUUCUACUGUGCCAUCAGUUACGAGAAAACCAGAAAGAAGAUUGUGGUAACAGCUUUGACCUUGGUGGCUGCGGGAGUUGUAGUGCUGAUGAUCUUGGCUUGCUGCUUUAGGACAAAGAUUUCCUCUCCCGCGUAUCUUUUGUAUUGGAGGAAGAAUCGAACCCAUGCAAUUAUUGAAGAGUUUUUGAAGGAACAUGGACCUCUUCCUACGGGUAGGUACAGUUAUUCAGAGGUUAAGAAAAUGACCAACUCUUUCAAAAAUAAAUUAGGCCAAGGAGGUUACGGGUGUGUAUUCAAAGGGAAGUUACAUGAUGGAUGCCUUGUUGCUGUGAAGAUUUUAAGCAAAUCAGAAGAUAAUGGAGAAGAAUUCAUUAACGAAGUUGCAAGUAUUAGUAGGACUUCACAUGUUAACAUUGUUAGACUUUUGGGAUUCUGUUUCGACGGUUCUAAAAGGGCUUUAAUAUACGAGUUUAUGCCAAAUGGAUCACUUGAGAAGUUCAUAUAUGAAGAGAAGAAUCCACUACAGGUUGCUCGCCAAUUGGACUGCAACACAUUGUAUGAUAUUGCAAUUGGCGUUGCUCGUGGAUUAGAAUACUUGCACAGAGGUUGUAACACUAGAAUUUUGCAUUUUGACAUAAAACCUCACAACAUAUUACUAGAUGAGGAUUUUUGUCCAAAAAUUUCAGAUUUUGGACUUGCAAAAAUAUGCCCAAGAAAAGAAAGUUCAGUAUCGAUGUUUGGUACCAGAGGAACUGUAGGCUAUAUUGCCCCAGAGGUUUUUUCAAGAAAUUUUGGUGCAGUAUCACACAAGUCAGAUGUUUACAGUUUCGGAAUGAUGGUCUUAGAAAUGGUUGGGAUAAGAAAGAAUAUUAAGCCUGAAGUAGACCACUCUAGUGAAAUAUAUUUUCCUCAUUGGAUUUACAAUCGUCUCGAAUCAAAUCAAGAGCUUUGUCUGCUGAGUAUAAGAAAUGAAAGUGAUAACGAAAAGGCAAGAAAAAUGACAAUAGUGGGCUUAUGGUGCAUACAAACUAUCCCUUCAAAUCGACCAACCAUAAGUAAAGUGCUGGAAAUGUUAGAAGGUAGAGUUGAGUUGUUGCAAAUGCCACCUAAACCCUUUUUUUCUCCUUCAUCCUCCCCAGUCCAUUUGUCAUGUGAGACAGUUUGUGUGAAUACUAAGAUUUAGCCAACUAUGUUGCAAUAUAUUAUAUUUAUUACUGUAAUUUUAUUUUAUUUUUUUCUUCUAGUUUGACUUUGUAAAUUCAUCAGCAUCUGCCUUGUAAGAAAGUAAAGACUUCAAACACUUCGUAACUUGUACCUUUCUUUGUUUAAUAUAAGCUCUUUUUAUAGC